AUGAACGGUGGUGAGGCUUUUGAACUAGAUGCGGACACACUUUUGAGCCGUCAACAAGAUGUCAUCAGGGAAAUGUGGAAUGCAGAAAACGAUAUAGUGAAUGAUAUAAGCAACAUAACUGAGAUGAACUUCUUUGGAAAUGAGGAAGAUGAGCAUAACGAGCAAGAAGAAGAGGAAGAGGAAGAAUUUGAAGACUUUGAAGAGUACGAGGAUGAUCUUGACUACAAUUCCGCACUGAUAGAAGCCCAGCAACAAUGGGACGAAUCACUAGAGCAACUAAAUAAGGUACUCAACUGGAUUCUACUACCCAUGAUUGGCAAGAUUGCUGGAAGAAGAGUUGCUGGUGUCAUAUGGAGACGGGUAAUGAAUUACAUCUGGAAGAGCUAA